GCUCGCCACGGAGGAGGGAGGGAGCUCCCCGAGUCUGCUGGCGUCCACGUGGUGGGCAUGCUGGAGACUUGAGAAGCUGGAGCAGAGUUGGAGGGGAGUUGCCAGGACUGUGCGUCCUUUCCGGGCUGUGGUGGAGCGGUUUCUCCCUGGACUGGUGACAUCUCAGCCUCAGUUUCCUCGUUUUGAAGCUGCUCGUGGUGGCAAAUGACUUCUAGACCCAACAUGAGUGACAGUUCCUGCAAAAAACGGGAUGACUAUCUGGAAUGGCCUGAGUAUUUCAUGGCGGUGGCCUUCUUAUCAGCCCAAAGAAGCAAGGAUCCAAGUUCCCAGGUUGGAGCCUGCAUUGUGAAUACGGAAAACAAGAUCGUUGGGAUCGGGUACAAUGGAAUGCCAAAUGGGUGCAGCGAUGACCUGUUGCCUUGGAGGAGAACAGCAGAAAAUAAGCUGGAUACUAAAUAUCCCUAUGUAUGCCAUGCGGAGCUGAACGCCAUCAUGAACAAGAAUUCGGCUGAUGUGAAGGGCUGUAGUAUGUACGUCGCCUUGUUCCCGUGUAAUGAAUGUGCUAAGCUCAUCAUCCAAGCAGGUAUAAAAGAAGUUAUUUUCAUGUCGGAUAAAUACCAUGACAGUGAAGAGACGACGGCCGCUAGGCUCAUGUUUAAACUGGCUGGGGUUACGUUCAGGAAAUUCACACCGAAGUACAGCAAGAUUGUCAUUGACUUUGAUUCAAUUAACAGCCGUCCGAGUCAGAAGCUUCAGUGAGUUCCGACUCGUUAAAUCCCCAGAAGAAGGCUCCUCUCCUCUAAGAAGCCGCCACUACCUUUUAUCUUGAAGUAGCACAUAACUUUUUAAUAGCUGGUGCAGCACACACAGACAUCUAAAGAAUAUAAAACCUUAAAUUUUCUUUACUGUCCCUACUGACACAUGGAUCUACAUCUGCUUAAGCUGUUGAUUUAGUUUGAUUGAGAAACUAAGGGCCUGCUCACGGGGCUGGAGUGAAAGUCUCUCCACCUUGGCAGCCUAUCUGGCUGGGAUGAGGGUUAGAGCAAAAUGUAGGCUCUCUAGUCAUCCACCGAAUUCCAACAGCCACUCCUCGAUGCUACAUGGGCUAGGACAUACAAAUAUUGCUUUGUGUUCUUAGUCAGGAUGAAUGGACUCACGGUGAUGUGAACAUCUGGCCCAAAUGAAGCAUACCUUGUCACACCCUUGGAAAAACAAAGAGGACCAAAUGUGAUGCUAUCAAGUGUUUGUUGCAGAGUUGAGGGGAGCUCCCUCCCUCCUACCCAGAGAUGGGUGAGGACGGCACUUGUCCCGGCAGAGGAACAGCACAACUGAACCAGGGAAAUCUCUCAGUUCUUGCUUUCCUGCCACACACAUCGAAGUGCACUGCGUCCCUCUGGAGGGUAGUGACCCACCCCUGUGGUUCCAGCUCUUAUCCUUGGUUUGUUGGUUACAUAGCACUGUUAAAUUUACCCGACUGAUAAGUGGUUCCUAGAGGAGGCAGCUUAUCACUCCCCCUAGACCAGGCACUGUGUGGUGACAGCUGGAGUUGUAUGGAUGGGUGGUGUGGGGCAUCCCCCCCAUCCCGUUUCCCCUGCUUUGUGGAAACAUGUCAUUCCUGCUCCACGUGCCAACAUGGUGGUUCAUUUCCGAGGGCACCCCACAACCAGAGAGUACAUAAUUCCUGUCCUGUGAGAGAAUAUGGGAGAGUUUGUUACCUGGAGGUGGUCCAUUCUAGACCCACUGGUGACGGUGCCUCAUUUGUGUCUUCCAACAGACACACAGGCAGCAUCUCCUUGAUCAGUGUGGUUGGGGAAUUCCCCGCUGUGUGCUUUGUUUUUAAUUUCAUUUAACUUAUGUUAAACGUGCUCAGUGCCUUUGGUAAAAAUGGUUUCUUUAUCUUAAAGAUUAUUACCUUUUAGGGUGCUCUUAUUUUUUCAUGGGUUUUUAUUUCAUCUCUGAGGUUUCUUUUUUUUUUUAACUUUGUAUUCUGGGGCGUUUCGUAAUUUGGCUCUUUACCAAUAUUAUUAAAUUUUUAUUAAAAUUACCAGCACCAAAACACAA